AAAUAGUAACGAUAAAGCACGACUCUCACUCCACCUGAGGGGAGUUUGGCAUGCCUCCUCACUCCAGUUGAGUGAGUUGGAAUAAGCGGAAGUACAAGAGGGAUCCCUCGUUAGUACCCCCCUCAGAACGAGACACAGGCCCUCGAGAGGGAGCCGAGAGAGGACCAGUCAUGCGCUUCCAUUUUGCGCUGACGCUGCAGGCGCUGUGGACCGGGGUUUGCCAGGCGGCCAUGCAGCACUACCCGGCGGCAUGGGGCCACUACGACGUGUGCAAGUCCCAGGUUUACUCGGACGAAGGCCUGACCUGGGACUACAUGGCCUGCCAGCCGGAGGGAGCCGACAUGACCCAUUACCUGAAGGUUUCUCUGGAUCCCCCCAACAUCACCUGUGGAGACCCUCCGGAGACUUACUGUGCCCUGGAGAACCCCUACAUGUGUAAUAAUGAAUGUGACGCCAGCACGGAGGAACUCGCCCACCCUCCAGAGCUCAUGUUUGACGUCGAGGGCCGCAACCCCACGACCUUCUGGCAGUCCUCGUCUUGGAAGAAGUACCCGAAGGCCCUCCUGGUCAACAUCACGAUUUCUUGGAACAAGACCAUCGAGCUGACCGACGACAUCGUCCUCACCUUUGAGUCAGGCCGGCCCGAGCAGAUGGUGCUCGAAAAGUCGCUGGAUUACGGGCGGACCUGGCAGCCCUACCAGUUCUAUGCCACGGACUGCCUGGACGCCUUCACCAUGGAGCCCAAGACUGUGCAGGACCUGACUCAGCACACCCUGCUGGACAUCAUCUGCACCGAGGACUACUCCCGAGGUUAUGUGUGGAAGUACGAUAAAACCGUGCGCUUUGAGAUCAAGGACCGCUUUGCUCUGUUUGCUGGGCCUCGACUCCACAACAUGGCUUCGCUCUACGGCCAACUAGACACUACCAAGAACCUGCGGGACUUCUUUACCAUCACAGACCUGAGGAUCCGUCUGCUGCGGCCCGCGACCGGAGCUACGAUGGUGGACGAGAACAACCUCUCCAGAUACUUCUAUGCCAUUUCCGACAUCAAAGUCCAGGGCAGGUGCAAGUGCAACCUUCACGCCAACAGCUGUGUAUAUGACAAAGAGAAGUUGAGCUGCGAGUGUGAACACAACACCACUGGGCCUGACUGUGGCCGCUGUAAGAAGAAUUACCAGGGGCGAGCAUGGAGCGCUGGCUCCUACCUGCCCAUUCCCAAGGGCACAGCUAAUAUCUGUAUUCCUAAUAACAUUGGUCCAGUUAACUGCGAAUGCUUCGGCCACUCCAACCGAUGCAGCUACAUCGAGCUGCUAAACACCGUCAUUUGCGUGAGCUGUAAGCACAACACUAGGGGCCAGCACUGCCAGCUAUGCAAGCUGGGCUACUACCGCAAUACCUCGGCAGAACUGGACGAUGAAAAUGUGUGCAUAGAGUGUAAUUGUAAUCCCUUUGGCUCAGUCAGUGAUCGCUGUAAUGGCACAGGAUUUUGUAUAUGUAAGGAGGGCACUACAGGGCGUAAGUGUCAACAGUGUCUACCCGGCUAUUUGUGGGACGAUGGCUGCAAAUCCCGGGUUUGUGACAACGAGCUCCUGCGCUGCCAAAAUGGCGGGGAGUGCGUCAACAACGUCCGCUGCAGCUGUCCCUCAGACUACACGGGUCUGCUGUGUGAGAACCCCCGCUGCGAGUCGGAGUUGGGUGGCUGCGGGGGCCCCGACUCGGGCCAGGCCCCCCUGACGCCUCCGCCACCCCCAAGGCUGCUGCUGCUGCUGCUGCUGGGCUCGGCACUGCUGAGAGAGGCCUCCUGCUGGCCCGCACUGCUCUAA